AUGCUUUCCAUUAAUAGCAAAUCAAAUUACAAAAGACAAUAAAAUUCUCUCUAUAGGAACCCUUCGAAAUCGAUGUCUCAAUCUUCGUUUGAUCUAUAAGAUAUUCUAAUAGAUCGAAGAAUUUAAAUUGCAGAAAAUUUAUCAAAAUUAAGAGAUUACCAAGAAGAAAGAGAAAAAGAGUUUCGCCAAAGAGAAAAAGAAUACCAAAAGGCCAAAAGGAAAGUUCAUUUAUAUUAAGUUCUCAAUCAAAGGUAUCGAGCAUAAUCCUUUAUUGAGGAACAACAACAAUAAGCAAAAUUACUUGAAAGAUCAAUAAAAUAUAUUCCUAUGUCUAAUAAAUCAGUAAAUGAGUCCAAAAUAUUAACUCUGAAAAUGAAUUUAGAACCUCUCAGAACCAAAGCAAAGUAAAUAAAACCGUAUGUUGAUCACGAUGUAAUGGUAACUCAAAAAUGGAAGGAAUUGUGAAUAAUUUACAUUUAUCUAUAAU